AUUUCUUUUUGCUCAACCAAACAAACCGGUUUACAGUUCUUCACCAAACAGAAAUCAUGUCUGCUAUGGUAGCAUUGAAGGUGUCAGACAUUGUUUUUGGGACUGUUUCAACCUUAUUAGAUAGAUGUAUUCAAAUACUUGUUAUCAACUGGCAGAGUUAUGUGGACGAAAUGGUAGAGUUACCACCCAACCUUAAAGACAGGUUCAUCUAUCUCAUGUCAAAGCGAGGCCUUCUUAAUGAUGACAACUUGGGAAAGGUCCUACACAGCAAGGUGAGGACAUUAGAUCUGUCGGACUGUGACCUCUCCGAUCGUGGGCUCCAGGCAAUCUGUCAGUGCACUCAUCUACAGAAGAUUGAUCUCAACGCAAGCAAAGAGUCACGUACAAACAUUACUUCAGAUGGUAUUUGUCAACUAGGCCAAUCAUGCCAUCAUCUUCAGACAUUAUACCUGCGGAGAUGUUUAAAUAUCACAGAUGUUGCCAUAGAAACAGUGUCAAGGUCAUGUCCACAACUUCGCCUACUCAAUAUCGGAGGUUGUAACAACAUCACUGACAGAUCCCUGCAGGCUCUUGGGCAGAAUUGUAAAUUUCUAAAGAGUGUGAACCUCUCAAAUACUCAAAUUACAGAUGUUGGGGUGAUGCAGCUUGUCUCAGGACAGUGUGCCAAAACUCUUAUGGAAAUCCACAUUAAUGGUUGUCAAGGUGUGACAGAUGAAGCAGUGGAAGCUGUGAUGCAGUUUUGUCCUCAGAUCAACAUCCUAAUCUUCCAUGGAUGUCCCAACAUCACAGAACAGAGCAGACAGGCGCUGGAGGAUUUGACCUUGUCAAGGUCCUCUCCCAUGAAACAGGUCACAUGGACAAUAUACUGACCAAUAAGGGUCCGUGUGUAGUGAAGUGGGUUUACUUGCAGACAGGAUAAUGUAUAGUGAUAUUGAUUUACGCAAACUUACAAUGUUUUGAUGUGGUGUAAAACCAAGUUAAAGUGUAAAACUGAUGUUAUUAUUUGAUUAUAAACACUGUUAUGAUUUCCUUAUAUAUAUUGGUGAAUUAUGUUUUGAGUAGAUGAAUGCUUAACUUGAUCAUCACUCGAUCUGUAUGUAUAAAUGUGUACAUGAAAAUGUAGAAUUUUUAAUAAUUUACUUGAACAUUAUACAAUUAUUUACUGAAAACAGGUCCUUAAUGUAGGUUUCAGACAAGAAAACACGGGUGCAGCCAUUAUACCGGUAGUAUUAUAAUUUUUAUUACUUUAAUAAUACUUGUUCAAUAGUAUUUUAAAAUCCUAUAACACUGAUAUGAUGCAGGUCAUAGAUAAGUUAGCUGGAUUACCAGUAUUUUGAAAAUGACCUUGUGGAAGUACUGAUGUAGCAUUCAAACACCUAUUGUACAAAGCUCAUGAGUACCAGUGGCCCGAUGCUCAGGUUACAUUCAAUUUAUAAGGUAUCAAUCAUGAAUGCGUUACCCUAGUGCGAUAACUCAAUAACAGCAUAUACAAAUAAAAGCAUUGUGAGUUCUUGCAUUAAGGAGACCAAUGAAAAUCAUCAUGUGUAACCUAAUUAAAGCCAUUUAUGUUCUGAAGUUUUGUCUGUGAUAUUUUUAUUGCGUUCAUUUUGUUACAUGUUGUUGUGAUCUUUAUGUUAAUAAACUUUGA